ACUUUAAUUCGCCUGAUGCGACGUCUACUACUGUUGUAAUUGUUUUGUGCGUGAUUCGAAUAUUUUUCCACGAGCCCUUCGUGAAAACCGUGAUCCCAUAGUGUAAGCCAAGUCGGAAUGGAGUGCCGCUACAUGUGACACUUGGAGGAACUCCGGUGUUAAGCAUUUUACCGCCGUCUGCGUACGAUAAUAACAUUAUGUCACAAGAGACAUAUCUAAGGUUUGAUUACGGAGUUGAAGAUAAUUCACAGAUAUCUUCCUUUUUGUCGUGUGGUCGUAUCGCUGCUGGUCGUGCACGACCCCAUACAAUCGGCGUGUACCACAAAAACAAGCUUUACUCAAGUGACAUGUUUGUCAGCAGACGUCUUAAAUGUGGUCAUCACUGGAAACAUUUAUCAAUGAAUCAAUUUUUAUUCCUAAUUAGCAUAUUGACUACGGUGCACGAGGUGCAAGCCGAGAGCGAUUUAUCCGGAACAUCGACAACGACGACGACGACGACGACGACGAAUGGAAUCGCGACCGGAACCGCUUGUGCGGAGCGAUGGACGUGUACGUCGUGCACAGAAGGAACGACGCCGUCGUGCAGCUGGUCCGUUGCCGAGCAGACGUGUGCGGACAGCGUUGUGGCGACAGAGCUAAGCCGGCUGGUGGUCACCGACCGAUCGUCUUGUCCAAAGUUUUCGGUCGAAAACAUCUUCAGCGUAAUGGCCGACGACAAGGUGACGAUCACGGUGACGGUUGACGACGGUCACGAGGAAGGAGGGUUCGUCGAUCUGUUGGCCAACAGUUCCGUCAAGUGUCAGCUGAACAACAGAAUGAUCACGGCCAAAGUUAACGGGGACCGAAUCUCCUGUACGUUGACUUACACCAGAUCUCGGUACAACGUGAAGUGCCGAGAUUUCGUACCGGUCGUCAGUCAUUUGUUGAUCUCGUUCGACGACAAGUUUUUGCGAUUCGACAACGCGAGCGACCACUAUGCGACCGGAUACCCGAGCGAUUGCCCGGUCAUAGAAUGCUUGGACUGUAACCGGAACAACGGCACGCACAGGACUUACUGCACGCGGUGUUCGAAAAACAACACCACGUCCGUGAACACGAAGCCGUUUCAUUACUGCGAAGUGCGGAAGAAUUCGAAUUUCGAGAAAUCGAAUUCCGAUAAAACGAAAAACGGCGACAUGUGUGGGGACAGUGCAGAUCCGGCGAUGAUGCUCCGAUCGGACCAGCUCAAACCGGAAGUUCCCGCGGGCAACUAUAGCAGUUUUCCAAUCAUUUCGACGGUUUCGACGAUUUCGACGGUUACGAUGGUACCGAUAGUUCCGACGGUUCCGAUAGUUCCGAUGGUUCCGACGGUGGACGACGGCCAAACGUUCGGCGGUAUUGCAUCCGGUGGCACCACGAUUGUGGCGAAGGGUCGAAGUUUUAGCGGCUUGCAGAACGCAAAGGCCUGUUUUGUAAAUAAAAGCACGUGUGUCUACUGUAGCAUUCUCAACGAUACGUCCAUGGAAUGCCGAUCUCCCAAGUUCAUCGCCGUCAACGAAACGCAAACUGCAGUUGAAAUUAAACCGUUGAAGUUUUACGGUAAAGACCCUGCCGGAAAUGUGUUGAAGCUCAAUUCGAAUUCGUUCGAAUACCACCUGUACCAGGAUCCGGUUUUUACGGAUUAUAUGGUAAACGGUUGCUGUAACCUUACCGUUAAUGGCGUGUACCUCUACCAAGGUUACACCACUGGUGACUUGUCUAUUGUGCUGGACACUGAAAACUCGUCGUCCGUUUGCGGCCCGAUCACUUGGAUGGACGGUACACAGAUAGUUUGUCACUUGUCUCAGUUAGACCCACUGCCAAAUCAGAUAUAUGUUAAGGCUGGUGAUUAUAUUAGCGUCGUGAAGUUAACGAAACAGAAUUCUAGUAAAUUCAAAAAUUCGUUGGCCGCAAUAAUAUUGCCAAGUGUCGUCACUAUAGGUGCGUAUAUUUCAUUCAUCGCAGUUUUAUGUGUGGCUCUCAUAUUUUUUAAGUCUUCUAAGGACUAUGACUUAUUACAUUUACAUGGUCCCCAGCACCUUGCAGAAAUGCGGCCGUUGGAUGAAAAAAAUUUCAAUGACUACGAUAAUAAUAGCGAAUCUAAUAAUAUGUUAUCGAAACACGACGAAUGACAUUAAUUUCGUAUUUUUUUUUAUAAAAAUGACGUUUAAUUUAUUAAUUUUUUUUUAUAUGUAUAAUAUUAUAUAAUAUUUCAUACCUAUGAAUUUUAAAACAUCAUAUUUUCUUUGAUAAAACUGUACUUACAUCUAUAGGUAAUAAACGUUUAUUAUACUGUGUAAUAAUAUUAUAACAUUAAAUAUAUGUAUAACCACACGUCAUAGGUUACAUUGUUCACCGCGUGUCUGCGUACAGAAUUUAAUACGAUUAAUAUACCAGCAGAAACUGCAUUAAUUUAAAAAGUCUUGUUUCAGCGAGUUUACUAAUUUUUUUUUUGGAAUUACUUGCUUUGUGUUAUGAAGAAGAUGGACAUCAUAAUAUGCACCAUAUUAAUUUUAAAAGUUGAAAUGGAACUUAUUUCUCUAUCAGAUAAUUUAAAUUACAAUGGUUCUUCAUUUAAAAUAUCCUGAGUUAUUUCCAUUUGAUUUUAUUCCUAUUUCUGUGACCGUGACCAUCCUAUAUAAUAUAUACUUCAUACACAUUUCAUUAUUAUUAAUAUUACAUUAUUACAUAUUAAAAUAAUACAUUUAAAUUAAACAAUAUAUUAUCACUGUAACUAUAUAUUAUAUGUCCAGGGUUCUCAAAAGGUAAAUGUAUUUUAAAAAGAUACAACAGUCAAUUAUUUGGAAAUUUAUGUUGUAUUGUUGUACUAGAAAUUAGAUACUAUACAGUCAAUUUCGAAUAACAAACAAAGUGGUAAAUUAGAGAUGGUAGAGAAAAUGUAUGUAUUAACUUUAAUAUAAUAAUAUUACAAAGUAGAAAGAAAGCUUCUAACCCAAUCUUUGAGGCUUGAGACAAAACAGUAAUGUCAGUAUAAAGUAUAAAUAUUUAAAUUAUUAUCAAAGAACAAAAAAUAUAAUAAACUAUAAAAUAUUAAAAUGUUGUAAUUAAACAAUAAUCCCCCCGCCUUUAGGAAAGUUACCACUGAACAUUUAUGUAUUUGUAUAACAGGUGACUACUUUAUAAAAGAACACUUAUUAUUUAGAAAACUUGAAAAAAUGAUAUUUUUCAUUAUUUUUUAUCGUUAUAAUUACGAUGUAUAAAAAUAUAAUUUUAUAGAUGAAUAGUUUAUAAGUUAAGUAGGUAUAAGAAUUUAAAUAUUAAUCAAUUAUAUUAUACUUUUGUACUUCGAAAUAAUUU